UCCCUCUCCAAACCCCCUUCACCCGCAUCUCCUCUCCAUCUCCCCCUCCUCCCACUCCCUUCAAAGAGAGAAGAAAGCAGGGAGAGAUCCACCUAGGUGCAUACCGACAAACCGACCGACUCAAACCCGCAAGAAACCAGCCACCGGACGGAAGACUGACAUGGCAAGGCUCGGCGUGGCCUUGCUCGCGCUCCUGGCGGCCGCGGCGGCGGUCGCCAGCCUGCCGUCCCCGGCCUCCGCGGGCGAGCUGGCCUCCAUGCUGCUGUCGCGCGCGGCGGCCUGCGACGGGGUCAUCGGGGAGUGCGGCGUGGACGAGGACGAGGAGAUGGUGACGGGCGCCGGCGGCGCCGGUGAGGCACUGCGCCGGUCGCUGGUGCGGAAGUCGACGGCCAGGUACAUCAGCUACGCGGCGCUGCGCGCCGACCAGAUCCCCUGCGACAAGCGCGGGGCGUCCUACUACAUCAACUGCGGGUCCAUGCAGCAGGCCAACCCCUACACGCGUGGCUGCUCCGCCAUCACGCACUGCGCGCGCAACAUGAACUGAUUCGUCGUCCCUAGGCCUGGUGGAUCUUGCGCACGUACGGCAGUGAUCGAUGCGUACGCACGGAGCGGCGAGGAGGUGUGUGUGGCCGUGCGAGCACCUAACUACUAACUGUGUGCUAGUAGAACGCCCGUGCAUUGCUACAGAUGAAUGAUUAUAAAUAAAUGAAGCUGACUGUACAAAUUUACAAGUUA